AGGGCAAGCCUAGUGGGUUUGUGAAAAAUAUCUAUAAAAGAUAUAUUUUUAUUUCUAAAUUGUACUACUACUACAUUUUACCAUCUCAAAGGAACGCUCAACUAUCUUAAAGCUGCAGUGCUGGUUCCACUGGGAUCUGUAAGAGUGGCCUCUCUGUGCAUGCAAAGCAGACAUGUCCAGAACAAGAAACAGUGAGGGGAAUGUGCUGAAGCGUGUGGCAAAACUGCCUCUCAUCAGCUCAGUGCUGCAGCAGGCCUCUUCCGUCUACAUGGGCGUGAAAGGUCGUUAUCCCCUGCUCGGGUUUGUGGGAGGGGUAGCAGAGCUGGGUGUCCGCAGCGCAUCCACAGCAGCUCUGGAACAAGCAGCACCUCUGCUACUGAACCUAGAAUCAGAAAUUGAGGCGGUGAACAGUUUUGCACUGGUGGGUUUGGAGCAACUUGAGAAGUUUUUCCCUAUCCUCCAACAGCCCACAGAUGAGGUGGUUGCUAAUUUAAAGGACGCUUUCUUCUCGAGGCUGGAUGGUGCGCAGUCUCGAGUAAACGAUGAGCUAGACAGGGCCGUGAACAGGUGGGAUGAAGUGGUAGAGCUCAGCUGGCGUCUCCUGGCGGAAGCUCAGGAUUCAGCACCGGGGCGCGUGAUCACCGCUGGCCUGGAUGAGCUCAUCACUCAGUCAGAGGCAGCAGUGGCGUACUAUCUACCUCUGCCACCCACGCUGCGUCAUGAGUGGGAGAGAAGAGUGCAAAGCUAUGAAGAUGAGGAUGAUGAUGAUGAAGAAGAAGAGCCUCGGAUGUGGACGCGGAUCCGUAGCCUGUUGUUUUGCCUGUACCUUCAGCUGUACCACAGACUGAUGAAACUGAGAGAAAGAGUGGACAUUGUUUUGCAGAUGCUGGGGACAGCUGCUGAAACGGUGGGUCUUACACAGUUGAUGCAGAUGUUGGAGUCCCUGCUGCAGCUGCUUCUGUCUUUUUACACGUCUCAGGUGCAUCGUGGGGAGGAGCUGCGUUCUCUGCUUGUAGCUCAGCUCACAUCAGGUAUACAGGCACUGAAAGUUUUGCCCCCUGUACAACAGAUACUGGCUUUACCUACUCAGGUACGCACUAUCAUGAACGACCUACAGGAACUGGGACAGAUUCUCAUACAGCUGCUCAUCAACACCACUCCCCUCUAUGACCUGAUGAAACAGGUUUCUGAUCUGGAUGCAGAAAACAACCCAACUCCAGAUGAACUUUCUGAGAGUCCCUCCAGCCGUGCCUUUGCGAACAGCCUCUUCCUCAAAGCCAUGGACGGUCGUCCACGUCGCCGCAGAAGCCUUUAUGCCCGUUCCCGUGGUGGGUCCAACAGCGGGCUUCCAACAAGCCCGGCUCUCUCUCCGACUCCUACCCCAGUCCCAGCAAAUGGCAGAAAAGGCAGUUUGAAGCUAGAUUCCCAGCCCUCGGGCCCUCCAGAACUUGACACACUGGCUGUGCCCUCUACCGAUAUGAUCCGCCGCCGUUCCUCUACCACCGAGGUCCUGCUGGCGCCCAUUAUGCAGUUAGUAUCACAGAGCCAACGAGCGUUUGAGUUUCUGAGCUCUGGCCCUUCAUCUGAAGAUCAGGUCAUACCUAUGGUGGAAACCACAGAACAUUAGGCUCCACUUUUCUCAUACAUUAAACCAAAAUGCAAUCAUAGAUCAUUCAAACACAGAUUGCUGCAGCCCACAGGCUAUUAUGGAUAAUAGAGUAAACAUAGCUUCAAACAAUCCAUACAGUGACUUCUCUAGUAGGCCUAUACAAAAACAAAGCUUGUUGGUGGAGACAGUGCAGUUACAAGCUAACUUUUAAAUAAAAUCAUUAGGCCAGCAUUCAGUAUGUGCUGACAGUUUAAAAGCUAAAUAAAGCACACUCUCUUGCUCUCUGCAGUGCCGUUGAAUGCCUGAUUAUAGUAGUUAAGACAAAGGAAUAACUCAACAGAUUAGUUGAAAUGAUCAUUUUUCUAUAUAUUAUAAUUGUUAGCAUGUAACACAACAUUUUGUUUAGACUAAAUAAAUGCACUUGUAUUCCUAAGAUUCCUUUUUUUAGUUCUUAUACACACUAUAAGCAAUGUUUAAUCUAUAGACUGUCUUAGUGAAAUGACUGGUAGUUAGAUGAAUGGAGUGAGUGGAACAGGACGGCACAAGGAUUCUAGUCAGUUGGAAAUUAACUAUUUGGAAAUGCAUUUGACUCAAAGCCCAAAGUCAUGUGUGUUCAAUUGAGAGGAGAGGAUAAAAUGACACGGUUAAUGUUACUUUGAUUCUUUAUGGGUUGUUUUAUGUUUUAACAUUAAGGAUGUGUUGUUAAAGAUAAAGUGAACUGUGUUAUACAUAGACAGGCAUGGAAUGGUGUUAAAUAACUAAGUGGACAUUUAUAGCUAAAAUCCUAACAGCCUUUAGUGCUUUUUUUCUUGUAACAAAUACAAUAAUGACUCUUAAUGUAAUAAAACAUUUUGUAAAAUGUUA